UCUGCUUUCACUCGCUUCACAAUGCCUCGGUGUGUGUUCUGCUUUUUUGAUCCUCACGAUAUCGAGGAUGAAUCGGACGACGACGACGAUUCUCGGGACGGCGCACCUCCUACACUGUCUGCUCACGUGAUGCGAUCGCACCCCGACGUGGAUACAUCCUUCCUGCCCUUCUUCCAGACUGACGCCGCAUUUAGAGGUAUCGUCAAAAGAUUCACGCUAUUGGCAUCUGUUCACGAUCAGGGAGUAGAGGAUUUGCGACAAUAUUUAAUGAGUCACUUUCACGAUAUGCUCGCCAUAUUGAGAGCGCAAAGAAUACCCUUUAGGUUUUGCAUUUGUUCCGAUGUCUUAAUGGUGAAGGAAACUCGGGGGGAGAUAACCGCGCACAUAGCCCACUUUAUGGCGUUUGCUCGCGAAGUCCACAGCGACGGAGCCGUCGCGAAUACCCUGAUGGACGCGAUUCAGGAGUCCACGGGACGCGUCGAAAAUUAUCAGCGGGAAGGGAGUGGGUUCGUGUCCACCGACGUCCAAAACGUUCAAAUAUGCAUUUCUGCGGUGAAAACUAAAAAAUUCGGAUGCAAUGGGGCACUUCCCGAUCAUUUGGCUAAACGCAGGAACGUGCUGACGAAUAUUCAUUUACCAGCACAUAAGGAGGGUGAGUGUUUUAAAUACAAUACGCUCGCCCUCCUGCACCCGCAGGAAAGGAAUUCGUGGAAAAAAUGUGAAAACUAUGCCGCGGAGUACUGGUGGCCUAGUCGCUUCCCCGUUUCCUACUCUGAUCUGGACGAAUUUGAAGACAAAAACCAGAUAUCCGUGUACGUAUACGAGUACGUCGAUCAGGGAGUGCACGUGUCGCGACCUCCAAAACUCGAGUAUGAAAAGAAAAUUCACUUAUUGGCUGUAGAUGAACAUUUUUUCGGAAUCAAGUCUCUCGAGCGGUUACUGAUGAGAGACAAGAGGCGUUUCGUGUGCGAGCGUUGCACGCGCUCUUUCCUGAAGGAAGAGAGCAUGGCGAAACAUCGUCGCCUGUGCGCGGACGACGCACCACGGUGA